CCCAAACACAGAGCACUGUCAGAGGAUCCCGAGGUUCAUGCUGUGGGGUCAUUUUACCUUUAGUGGUCACUAACAAAGCUAGCAAGCAUUAUAAUGGUCAUGUAUUAUUUGUACGGGUUGCUGUUUGCAUACAUUGGGUUACCUGGACUCUUACUUGGGGAUUUAGCUUUCCGAUGCCCAAGCUGCACUGCAGAGUAUAUGGCUACAUGCAGCAAAGUCGAUCCAAUGUGUGCAGAGAUUGUGAGGGAGCCAGGCUGUGGCUGCUGUCCAGUGUGUGCCCGGCAGGCGGGAGAGCUCUGUGGGGUUUACUUGCCGAGGUGCUCCGCCGGCCUGAGGUGCUACCCGAGUACUGACACUGACUUCCCUUUGCAGCAGCUCAUUCAGGGUUUUGGGCAUUGCAGACAAAGAGUGGAUCACGAAGGCAGUUUGAACCAGCAGGCGAUGAAUGAGGUGCAUGGGACUGAAAAUCCACUCACCAGGAGACCUCCCCUAAGUCCUUGGAUUUGGCAGAAGUCUGCCAUCGAGCAACACCUUCAUGAGCGCAAAACAAAGAUGAAGAUAAGUCAGAGAGUGUCUCAGAGUGCCUGUCAGCUGGAGCUGGACAAGGUCUUAGAGGAGAUUGCUAAAAUGACUUCAGAGGAUAACAGAGGCCCAUUGGAGAACCUGUAUGAGCUCAAGUUUCCAAACUGUGACAGGCAUGGACUGUACAACCUCAAGCAGUGCAACAUGUCCACCCAUGGCCAGCGGGGAGAGUGCUGGUGUGUUGACCCCUUAACAGGAGUCCAGAUCCCAGAGACGCCUAAAGUCAGAGGGGAUCCCAACUGUAACCAGUUUCAGGAGCCGCACAGAGCGAUGCCUACUGCAGAAGCAUCUCGCUAGCAUACCAUCACAACAGGGUGGGGUUUUCUUAACCAUUACAAAUUUAGGAGGAUUAUUUCAUCAGAGGUGUAGAUGUUAAAUAUAAUUUCUUUUUUAAUUAAUUGACGCUAGGUUAAAAAGUAUGAGCAAUAAAAAGUUCAGUGAAA